UCGCUGCCGCUUAACGUCACCCGUGCAGCAGUGAACUGGCUCACAAUGAUGGUGUGAGAGCCGCGCGCUGUGACGUUACUUUACUCACGAUUGUCCACCUGACGCCGCAAAGUCCCGACAAAAUCAGAUAGUACCAAUUCUGCCAAGUUGUCACUCGUCGCGACGUCCGAUACAAAGGUAGCGUUAAAACUCAGUGUCCUUUCUGUGUGGCGAGAGAAGCGACGAGUGGUGGAAGAAGAAUCGCUUUUAGCCAGUCAUUGCCAUGGCCUCCGAAAGCGGCGAGAGCAACAUGAACCGUGAGAUGAUUCUGGCUGACUUUCAGGCGUGCACUGGGAUUGAUAACAUAGCGGAGGCAAUCACUGUUUUGGAGUCUAAUAAUUGGGACCUUGUGGCCUCUAUGAAUGGAAUCCUUCCACAAGAAAACGGGAUGAUACAACGGGAGCCCAGCCAGGCCAGCCCGUCGGAAGCAGCUGAUGCAGCAGCAGGAGGUGUUGUUCCUCCACCCUCAUCCUCGCCUUCAUCCUCUUCUCCGCCAUCAUCCUCCUCUGCCUCAGCUUUCUGCCCAAUCAGCCCAUCCUCCCGACACAUCGUAGAGCGUCAGCCACGGAUGAUCAACUUCACUGUGGAGUACCGUCAACGCUCUGUGUCGCUGGUGCUUGAAGAAGCCCACAGUACAGUUGGUAACAUCAAAGAAAUCCUUGGGACACAACUUGGCGUUCCGGUGUCUAAAAUGCAGCUGAAAGGAUGGAAGAAUGGGGAUGUGUCUGAUAGUACAAUGCUGAAAACUUUACAUCUGCCUAAGAACAACUCGCUGUACGUCCUGACACCAGACAUUGCUGCUACAGCCAGCACCAGCAAUAACAGUGCUCUCCAAGAGUCGUUAAACCAGAAUUUCCUGCUGGUCAUUACCCACCGAGAGGCUCAGAGGGACUACAACCUCAACUUUCCCGGCUUCAGAACCAUACAGGAGGUGAAAAGAAAUGUUUCAGACUUGACCAACAUCCCAGUACGGCAUCAGCAGUGGGAGGGUUGGCCUGCAUCAGCAUCCGAUGAUUCAAUGACACUAGCGCUUUCCGGAAUCAGCUUUCCCUGCCAUCAUCUCAGUGUUUGUCGAAGGUCCUCACCAGCAAUCGCCCAGGAGCCCCCCGGAGAAGAGUGUGCAGAUGUCAUGAUGAUUAGCGACAGUGAAGGUGAAGAUUUCGAAGAUCCAUCAGAGUUCGGGAUGGACGAUUCAGAGCUGUUUGGAAUGAGCUCCUCUAACUGCCCAAGAUCACCUAUGAUGCCAGAGAAUAGUCAAAAUGACACUGAUGCCUUACUUCACUUUACUGACGAAUUUUCUUCGAGGUACGGUGAGACCCACCCAAUGUUCUUCAUUGGCUCUUUGGAUGCAGCAUCUCAAGAGGCCUUCUAUGGCAAAGCCAGAGAUAGAAAGCUGCUUGCGAUCUACCUCCACAACGACGACAGUGUUCUCAGCAACGUCUUCUGCUCCCAGCUUUUAUGCGCUGACUCCAUUGUCUCCUACCUGAGCCAGAACUUCGUCACAUGGGCUUGGGAUGUCACCGAAGACGCCAACAAAUCAAAACUACUCACUGUAUGCUCGAGGAACUUUGGCAAUGUGGUUGCACGGACUGUUCGGACAAACAAGACAGACCAGUUCCCCUUGCUCCUUAUAGUCAUGGGCAAACGCACAUCCAAUGAAGUCCUAAACGUUAUUCAGGGGAAUACGACACUGGAUGAGUUGUUGAUGAAGUUAAUGGGAGCAGUGGAAAUUUUCACAGCACAACAACAGGAGGACAUCAAGGACGAGGACGAGCGCGAGGCGAGGGAGAUGGUGAAGAAGGAACAGGACGAGGCGUAUCGUUUGUCUUUAGAGGCCGACCGUAAGAAGAGAGAAGAACAAGAGAAAAAAGAGGCUGAACUGGUUCGCCUUGAACAAAUGAAAAAGGAGCAGGAGGAGGAGAAGGAGGCAUUACGCUUGUCACUGGAGCAAGGCCUACCUCCAGAGCCUGACCAGGAAGCGGGAGACAUCUGCACACUGAGGAUCCGCACCCCAAGCGGCGAGUUUCUUGAAAGGCGUUUCCUGAGUACUUGUAAGCUCCAAGUGCUGUUUGACUUUGUGGCAUCCAAAGGAUACCCCAGCGAAGAAUACAAGCUCCUCACCACCUUCCCUCGCAGAAAUGUAACGGACUUGGAUCCAGGGUCGACUCUGCUGGAGGCCAAGUUGUUUCCACAGGAGACUCUCUUCCUGGGGGCCAAAGAGUAGUACACCCGGCCCUUGGAUUGCUGAGAGACUGACUGAUAAACUGGCUGGACGCACAUUAGUCACCAAGCAUGGGCCCCAUCCCAGUCUGGGCCUACACUAUACAUGCACACACUUACACAUAGACUUACACAAAGGUGAAACUCUCAGACGUACAUGAACACACAGGCACAUUCACACAAGUGCAAGUAAGCUUUUCUGCCCUCGGCCUGGUCGUGUUAUAGGAAUGGGUGGUGUGGUGUACACGUGUUGCACAGAGGAGCAAAGACAGUAUCACAAGCACACAGCCAAACACUUCACAACCCUUAAUCCCGUCUCUUUCUCUCUCUGCCCAACUCCUCACAUACACUUAACACACACUUCACCUUCCAGGACUGCUGUGUCAUGGUUUGUCUCACACAAGACAAGCUGUGGACAAGUGUUGAGAGACUGAGAUGACAAAUCAUUGUCACACGAAACAAAAAUCAAGGACUUGUCCCUGGUUUUUUUCAGCUAAACACAACAAUGCUGUUUUACUAGAACAUUUUUUUUUGUUUUGUUUUCAAUGAUUAAAAAUGAUCUAAAAAUGUCAUAGGAAAAACUUCAAUAAACCUGAGCUGACUCGUUUAAACCUCUAUUGACCCUCCUAAGGCUAAUUUAUGCUCGAUGUUAGGUACACGUAUGAAUAUGCACAAAGCCUUCCGUCUCCACUCUGUGUUCAUAUCAUCCAUAUUUCUUUCCGUUGCCUGGAAGCCAAUGAAUAUGGACCAACAGAGGAGCUCCACCGCGAACCUUGGAGGCAGCGUAGCCGCUGAGUGCAACUGACUGACUGAGGCACCAAGAAGAAAGUAGCUCAUCCUUGAGGGCAAUCUGUGUUGCGCGACACACCCUCCUGAUCAAUUUGAAACGUUUUACCAAAGCUUGCUUGAUUCCCGUUACAGAGGAGGUGCAGGGGGACAGUGGGAUAUUCAGCCUCGCUCGCAGAUUACGUGACUCGUUGUCCUUGUUAUGGGCCGUCACUCUGCUGAACGAGUCGCCAAAUCCCAGCGUGGGUAUCUUGGAAACGUAGAAAGCGAGGGUCGUCAUCGAUUUCCCUAACCUAGCGGCUGCAAGAACCACCGCUACCGACUACACGGAUUUAUUUUCUUUCUCAAACGGUACAUUAUUGGUGUCUCCACCUCUCGCCAUGUCAUUAACAACUUCCGCUACUCUAUUGCCAGGGGCUGUUGACACCGCGCUGCCCCCCUGUGGAGGUGUAUUGUAAUGUCCACGUCAACAUAAAGGGUGUUUGCAUGAAGGCCGUGACGAAAACAUCUUCUCAAAUGAAUGCUUUAAUUUGACUGUGUACAUAGAGCAUAAAUCAGCCUUUAACCUUUCCCAACUCCACAGUUGACCCCCGCCCCGCCCCGCCCCGCCCCGCCCCGCCCUGUCCUCACCACGUCUUCCACCUCCUUACUCCCGUCCGUCUGCUAUCCACAUAGGGGACAGGGCCUGAUGGGACACCAGCAGCAUCUGCAAUGUCUCUUCAGCCUUUGCUCAUCCUUGAUUUAACCGCCACUGCUCAACAAGCCAAUAGCGUUCAGGGUUUUUUCUUUUCUUUUCUUUAUUUCUUUUUCUUCUUUUGAAUCCUUGUUGAAGUUUGUUCCUGUGUUAGGUUCAGUUUGAUAUACAUUAUAUAAAAUAUAUGUUUAUGAGCAUCAA